UGCCGGAGAGGGGAGGAGAAGGGAGCGCAGCGGCAGCUGUGACUGUAUCGUCUCCAGCCACAGCCGGCGGCGGAUGUGCCAAGCAGCAGCCGCUGCACCGGAGCGCCGCUGCUGAGCCUGGCAGAGCCGCGGAGGAGGGGGAGGACACCACAGACGGAUCCAGAGACUUUGCCUCUCUAGAACAGGCGGUGGAUGUGGAGCCAGCCGCUCCCCUCGCAGCCGCCGCCGCCACCAGGCAGUUGUCCCACGGCAGCACCACAACACAAAGCGAAGGAUGCUGCAGCUGGGCAAGGUCAGGACCUUGCAUUGAAGCCCGGGGGCGCCGCACACACCUUCCCCACCGGAUUGAGGAUUUGCCUUUUAUUUGCUGUGUAUGCCUGGGAAAAAGCAGGCAGGGUCGACGCCGUUCGGAGCUAUGCCUGUGCCAGACCAGCCGUCAUCUUCUGACAAGACAAGUUCCCUUAGUCCUGUGCUGAAUACAUCCAAUGGAGACGGUUCUGAAACAGAGACAACCUCUGCUAUUCUAGCUUCAGUUAAGGAACAGGAGCUGCAGUUUGAGAGACUGACUCGAGAACUUGAGGCUGAACGCCAGAUUGUAGCCAGCCAACUGGAGAGAUGUAAGCUUGGAUCAGACACUGGAAGCAUGAGCAGCAUUAGUUCAACAGAAGAGCAGUUUCAUUGGCAAACGCAAGAUGGUCAGAAGGAUAUAGAGGAUGAGCUCACAACUGGUCUUGAGCUGGUGGACUCCUGUAUUAGAUCACUGCAGGAAUCAGGAAUACUUGAUCCACAGGACUACUCAACUAGUGAAAGGCCCAGCCUUCUAUCCCAGAGUGCACUUCAGCUCAAUUCCAAACCUGAAGGGUCUUUCCAGUAUUCAGCGAGCUACCAUAGCAACCAGACCCUUGCCUUGGGUGAAACAGCAACAACACAGCUCCCAGCCCGCAGCAGUCAAGCCAGAGCUGCCAUUCAGAGCUACAGCCAGGGCACAACUAGUCGAGCAGCCCAUUUAGCUGGCUCUGAACCUUCUCAGUCAAGAGAGUCCUUUGUGCCAAGCCAUGGGAGCGCGUUCCAUUUGCCUGAUUCCCAGCAUUCUUCAACACUUUAUUACUCCAGCUCCACUCUGCCAGCCCAGAGAGUGAGCUCCCCGCUGUCCAUGCAGCAGGUGGGCUCUCCAACCAAGCUCCAGCGGGUGGGUUCAGCAUCGGAGAGCGCUGGAUACAGCACCACGCAGCGGGUCUCUUCUCCCAAGCAGUCUCCAAGCCGGCUAGCCAAGUCUUACAGCACCAGCUCACCAAUCAAUAUUGUUGUGUCUUCAGCAGGACUUUCUCCUUCCCCAGUUCGUGUGACGUCUCCACCCACCAUCCAGUCUAAUAUUUCCUCCUCUCCUAUACAUCAGCUAAGCUCCACCAUUGGCACUUAUGCUACUCUGUCUCCUACCAAACGGCUGGUCCACACAUCAGAUCAGUACAGCAAGCAUUCACAGGAACUAUAUGCCACUGCUACCCUACAGAGACCUGGCACCCUAGCAGCUGGGUCUCGGGCAUCUUACAGCAGCCAGCACAGCCACCUUGGCUCCGAAUUAAGGGCGCUGCAGUCUCCAGAGCACCAUAUAGAUCCCAUUUACGAAGAUAGAGUGUAUCAGAAGCCCCCUAUGAGGAGUCUCAGCCAGAGUCAGGGGGACCCUCUGCAACCAUCACAUACAGGCACUUAUCGCACUAGCACGGCCCCAUCUUCCCCUGGUGUCGACUCCGUACCCUUACAGCGCACAGGCAGUCAGCACGGCACACAGAACGCAACAUCGACCUUCCAGAGGGCCAGCUAUGCUGCAGGCCCAGCCUCCAAUUACGCAGACCCCUACCGACAGCUGCAGUAUUGUCCUUCUGUUGAAUCACCAUACAGCAAAUCUGGGCCAGCCAUUCCACCAGAAGGGACCUUGGCUAGGUCACCUUCCAUUGAUAGCAUUCAGAAAGAUCCCAGAGAGUUUGGAUGGAGAGAUCCUGAACUUCCUGAAGUUAUACAGAUGCUACAGCAUCAGUUCCCUUCAGUACAGUCCAAUGCCGCAGCCUACUUGCAGCAUCUCUGUUUUGGAGACAAUAAAAUAAAAGCAGAGAUAAGAAGACAAGGAGGAAUACAGUUACUGGUGGACCUGUUGGAUCAUCGAAUGACAGAAGUCCACCGUAGUGCCUGUGGAGCUUUGAGAAACUUGGUGUAUGGGAAAGCAAACGAUGACAACAAAAUUGCUCUGAAAAACUGUGGAGGUAUCCCAGCAUUAGUACGGUUGCUCCGCAAGACUACAGAUUUGGAAAUCAGAGAACUGGUCACAGGAGUUCUCUGGAAUCUGUCCUCGUGUGAUGCACUGAAAAUGCCAAUCAUCCAGGAUGCUCUUGCAGUGUUGACUAAUGCAGUGAUCAUCCCUCACUCGGGAUGGGACAACUCGCCCCUCCAGGAUGAUCACAAAAUACAGCUCCAUUCAUCACAGGUGCUGCGCAAUGCCACUGGGUGCCUAAGGAAUGUCAGUUCUGCUGGAGAGGAGGCCCGCAGAAGAAUGAGGGAGUGUGAUGGACUUACUGAUGCAUUGCUGUAUGUGAUUCAGUCUGCUCUUGGGAGCAGUGAAAUUGAUAGCAAGACCGUUGAAAACUGUGUAUGCAUUUUGAGGAACCUCUCAUACAGGCUCGCUGCAGAAACAUCUCAGGGACAGCAGAUGGGAACAGACGAACUCGAUGGGUUACUGUGUGGUGAUGCUAAUGGCAAAGAUGCAGAGAGUUCAGGUUGUUGGGGCAAGAAGAAGAAGAAAAAGAAAUCCCAAGAUCAGUGGGAUGGAGUAGGACCUCUCCCAGACUGUGCAGAACCACCAAAAGGAAUCCAGAUGCUGUGGCACCCUUCAAUAGUCAAACCCUACCUCACGCUUCUCUCUGAGUGCUCAAAUCCAGACACACUGGAAGGAGCUGCAGGUGCACUGCAGAACUUGGCUGCAGGAAGCUGGAAGUGGUCAGUGUAUAUCCGUGCUGCCGUCCGCAAAGAAAAAGGCCUGCCGAUCCUAGUGGAGCUACUUCGAAUAGACAAUGACCGGGUGGUAUGUGCAGUUGCUACAGCUUUACGAAACAUGGCCUUAGAUGUCAGAAAUAAGGAGCUAAUAGGCAAGUAUGCCAUGCGGGAUCUGGUCCACCGACUUCCAGGAGGCAACAACAGCAACAGCUCAGCAAGCAAGACCAUGUCGGAUGACACCGUUACUGCCAUUUGCUGCACUCUGCAUGAAGUUAUCACUAAAAACAUGGAGAAUGCCAAGGCCUUACGGGAUGCAGGAGGCAUUGAGAAACUGGUUGGCAUUUCCAAGAGUAAAGGAGACAAGCACUCACCAAAAGUGGUGAAAGCAGCAUCUCAGGUCCUAAAUAGCAUGUGGCAGUACAGAGACCUGAGAAGUCUCUACAAGAAGAACCAGUACAGCAUGGUCAGCGGUGGUGCAAGCUGCCUCUCCUCAGCCUUUCCUAUCAGUGCAUCUCAAUCCUAUCCUGGAGAGACAACCAUAGGGGAUGGAUGGUCACAGUAUCACUUUGUAGCCUCAUCUUCGACAAUAGAGCGGGAUCGGCAAAGACCAUACUCUUCAUCACGCACGCCCUCCAUCUCACCAGUGCGCAUGUCUCCUAAUAAUCGCUCAGCAAGUGCCCCAGCCUCACCUCGGGAAAUGAUCAGCCUAAAAGAAAGGAAGACAGACUACGAAUCAACUGGAACAAAUGCCGCUUACCAUGGUAAUAAAGGAGAACACACUUCCAGGAAAGACACCAUGACAGCUCAAAAUGCUGGAAUCUCAACUUUGUACAGGAAUUCUUAUGGUGCACCUGCUGAAGAUAUCAAACACAACCAGGUUUCAACACAGCCAGUUCCACAGGAGCCCAGUAGAAAAGAUUAUGAACCAUACCAGCCGUUUCAGAAUUCGACAAGAAACUAUGAUGAGUCCUUCUUUGAGGAUCAAGUGCAUCAUCGCCCACCUGCAAGUGAAUACAACAUGCAUCUGGGACUAAAAUCAACUGGCAACUACGUCGACUUCUAUUCAGCUGCUCGUCCCUAUAGUGAACUUAACUAUGAAACAAGCCACUAUCCAGCUUCUCCAGAUUCCUGGGUUUGAGGCUUGGGCAAGACACAAAAGCUCCAGGAACUGUGCAUGUGCAUGCAUACCACAAGACAUUUUUUUCCUGCAAAUUUAGUUUGUUAAAGCCUGUUCCAUAGGAAGGCUCUGAUAAUCAGUAUGGAAAAUUUAAGAUAUUUUAGAAGGCUAAAAGAAAUGAAAGUUAAACAUGGAAGUCAUUAGAAAGAUAGAUAUAUAUAUAUAUAUAGUACAGUGUGGGACAACUUGACUGUUGGCCUAUAGAGUCUAAAACAAUGGUGCUGUACACUGAAUGUGGUCGAAGGAAGGAGGAUGAAUAUGACAGUGGAUGUGGGUCAAGAGUUAAGCACAAGACACUAAGCAGUUUACAUACUUUAUGGGGAACAGCUUCUCACACUUUGUUUAAUAUCCUUAUUCAUUGUGAAUCUAGGCUUCAAGUUGCAUUUGGGGUUUCCUCUGUACAGCAAGAUGUUUCUUGCCUUUUGUUAAUGCAUUGUUGUAAAGUAUUUGAUGUACAUUACAGAUAAAAAAAAAACAAACCAAGUGCAUUGUGUAUAUUACACCAAUGCCACAGUGUUUCAUCAUCUAUGGUUCUAAAUAUUGCUUCAAUUUCAAAAUUUUGAAAGAUGUAUGAAUUUCCAGUUUUUUUUGUUUUCUUUUCCCCAGUGCGUUUUAACAACAACAAAAAGGAAUAUUUAGCAGUAUUGUUCGUUCUGAUAUGUGAAUUUGUUUGUGGCAACUAAAAAAAAAAGGCAUUCAGCAGUUUCUGACAAUUAACAUUCAUCAUUCCACACUCCUUGUCAACAAAGUGCUUUUUCACUGCCUAAAAUUUUAGAUGUAGAUAUUUGAAAUAGAUUUUUCAUUUAUACCAGUUUUCUUUAUGAUGAUACAGUGUUAAAAGAAAAUAAAUUACAAUUGAUCUGUCAUCCAUAUUUGCUAAGAAUGUCUAUUUCCAAGCACCUAUCAUAAAAAUACAUGUUCUUGCUUGUGAGUGUCCAUGUAUGCAUAAUAUUCUCUUUGUGUGUAUGUGUGUGUGUGUGUGUGUGAGAGAGAGAGAAAGAGAGAGAAAAAAAUAAGAGUUAUUUUCAUCUGCUGUUCUCCUUGUUCAAGCUUACAUUUUUUUACAGUGGAAACUCCAGUAUGUAUUUUUACUCACCCACUAUUGUUAGUGAGUCAAAAUAUUAGGACAGUUCCAAGUGGAAUUAUAAGGUUUUAACCCAUUCCUUCAUUCUUACGUGCUAUUCCCUUCAAGAUCCCAUCCCUCAACAUUCUUACCAUGAAGACAAAACUCAGCCUAGUCUGUAUUGCCACCCUAGGACUAGCAAGUGCUACAGAUAGAAGCAAUGUAAUCUCUUCAUGUUCCUGAGGGAGAGAGAACAUCAAACCACAACAGGCUGGCACGAUCGGUUCUUAAAUCUGGACAAGGACCCAGCAUUGAGAUACUGGCACAGUUGUUUUUCUUUUAAUCAUAUCAAAAAUAUUCCUUAGAUAUAAAAACCAUUGACCAUUUCUGUACAUUUAAAAAAAAUGAAACCGAUAAGAACGAGAAUGAGCUUUUUUAUUUAUUUUUUUUUCCCAAAAUGUGGAGCAGUGAACUGAGAUACUUUUAUCUUCAUCCAUCUACAGCUUGGAAGUAAAAAAUUUGAAUCCACAAUAUAUAGUAUUCAUAUCACUUAGCUAACUGCAAUGCACAGUCUUGACACAACUAGAUCCAAUACAAAUGAAAUAUUUGUAAAUUAGUGAAGCUUCAGCAUAUAGUUUGUUUUAGGGAUACAAACAUUUCUGUGAUUCCUUAUUGUAAUAGUCCCAGCAUUGCCUGAAUUAUACCCCAGAGGCAGGAAAAACUUUCUCAAAUCCGAAUCUGUAUUAUAGAGCAAAAACAGUACAGGUCACUGGGGCAAGUGUUGUGAUGUAGACAUGGUUUAUCAGUAAUCUAGCACUGUAGUUGAAUCUUUCUGGAAAACCUUCCCAGUGUAUGAUAAGUAACCUUAGCUCUUCUUUGUAGUAAACUGGAAAAAUUGCAUGAAAAAAAAAAGAGGGAGUGGCACCAUAUGCCAAAUGUAUAUUGAGGUAGAUACAAAUAUUAUUGAUAAUUUUGGACACAGGCUGUUUAUAUUUUCUUUAUUAAGUUGAUGUUAAAAAGAUAAGUGACAUUUGCAGCACUCUUUUGAACGAAGAACAUUUUCAGUAUAAAGAAAAUAAGAAAAAAAAAAAAAAGCAACGUCACUCGUGACUUGAAGUUCACCCUGAUUGACUAUGCCCAUCACACUCAUACAUUUCUCCUGUUACAGGCAUGCACAUAGGCCUAAGGGACCUUGGAGUCUAUAUAAUGCAGAAAGUUGUAAGUUUUGUUUAUGUAAAUUCUCUGAGCAGGUAAAAUGUCCAUGUUGUCUCCUCUAGGUUCUCUUCACCAUGAGGUGAAACGAAAUGCUGACCAUUUGUCAAGUGAAAAAUAUUGGAUUAAAGGCACAAAAUAGCAUAAAGCUCUUUCUGUCUGUGUUCCUCCCCUCACCCCCUUUAUUCCAUUCUUCUCCAGUGGCAAGUACUCAGAAUAGUGACUUUCUUUCUUGCUGUAUUGAGUCUUGGGAAGGUGCUGAAUUUCCUGGCUUCUUUCCAGCCCUGGCAAUCCAGUGCCAUCUCCGAUGCCAGACAGGAUAUGUAAGAUUUUCUCUUUUUAAUAUUGGGGGAAAUAUGUCCACCUACUGCUGCUCCCUUCAGCCUUGUAACAUACCACAAAACACAGAGAGCGAGAAAUGUUCCAAAAAUGUAUAAACUGCAUUUGAUGUACUGUAAAAUGUUGGACUUUUUAAACAAGCUUCUUAUUAGAAUCUUGAUUAGCUGUGUAGAUCUAUAUAAAUCUCAAUGUUUUAUUAAAAUGUUGUUGACGGUCUGGAAGGAAUGGUUAACCUAUAUCAAUACUAACAAAAUUGCACUACCAUGAGCAAUACUGAUUGGGGGGGAAGGGGAGAGAAAUUGAAUAGGGAUUCAAUAUUUAAAGGAUGAACUAUGAUUUAAAAUACUAUAUUAACACAGAAAUACAUUUUGACAUAUAAUGUAUUUAAGCCCAAAAAAUCAAAUAAACACUGGUGUCAAAUAAUAUGAAAGAAAUAUAAAAUUAUAGAUUGACCAAAAAGAAUGUUUCACUGUACAUGUUACUAACAUGUACAAAGACUAACUCAUA